AUGGAACUUUUGAUAAAAAAAUAUUCAUUACUUGAUUUAUGUUGCUACCACGGAGCAAUUGAUUGUUUCAAGUUCUUAAGAACAAAAUACAGAUCAGAAAUAACUCAAUCAUGUCUACAACUUUCAUUUUUAGGUCGAAACAAAGAGAUCUUGAGUGAAUGCUUGAAAUAUAAAAAACCAGAUGAAGAAUGCAUGAAAUAUGCAAUGAUUUCACACAACAUCGAUUUUGUUACAUUCUUGAUGAAUGAACAUAAAAUGAAAUUCAAUCCAUAUGAUUGUGGGCUUUAUAAAAAUCUCGAAUCAUUUUUAGUUUAUUGCGAUCAAAAUCAUAAUUAUCACAAAUGUAUUGUUCAUUCCGCGAUGUUCACUAUUCCAUCUCUUUUGGAAUAUUUUGCUUCACAUGGUGGAUAUAUCAAUAAAAGAAAUCAAUUUGGAGAUACAGCUCUUCAUUAUGCAGCACGUUUUAAUAGUAAAGAAAUGGCAGAGCUUCUUUUUUCACGUCGUGCAUUUAUCAAUAAAAUAAAUAACUCUGGACAAACUGCUCUUCACAUUGCAGGAAGGACUAAUAGUAAGGAAGUAGCAGAGCUUCUUAUUUCGCAUGGUGCAAAUAUCAAUGAAAAAGAUCAUAAUGGAAAAACCGCUCUCCAUAUUGCGGCAUCUAAAAAUAGCAAAGAAACAGCCGAGCUUCUUAUUUCGCAUGGUGCAAAUAUCAAUGAAAAAAAUAAAUAUGGACGAACCGCUCUUUAUAUUGCGGCAUUUAAUAAUAGCACAGAAACAGCCAAGCUUCUUAUUUCACAUGGUGCAAAUAUCAAUGAAAAAAAUAAAUAUGGACGAACCGCUCUUUAUAUGGCAGUAUUGAAAAAUUAUAAAGAAACAGUUGAAGUUCUUGUUUCACAUAAUGCAGAUAUCAAUGAAGGUGACAGAUCUACAGCCCUUCAUAUUGCAACAAUGAAUAAAAAUAAAGAAAUAGCUGAAGUUCUUAUUUCACAUGAUGCAAAUAUAAAUAAAAGGAAUGAAUUUGGAGAAACCGCUCUCCAUAUGGCAACAGAAUAUAAUAGCAAAGAAAUAGUAGAACUUCUUAUUUCGUAUGGCGCAAAUAUCCAUGAGGAAAAUAAAUAUGGACGAACCGCUAUCUAUUUUGCACGUCUAUUUGGAUAUGAAGAAAUAGCCGAACUUCUUAUUUCGCAUGGCGCAAAUAUAUCCAGGAAAUAG